AAUUUCAUUACACAUCCAUUGUUUCAUCCGGAAUUCUAACAAACACCCUCAUAGUCAGGUAAUAUUCGUUACAUUUCUUCUGCGCUCCUUAUCCUCUCCUCAAUUCUCAGCUCAGAUCUAUCCGCAUUUCAUAGUAUUAAUUUUUUCUCAGAUUUUUACGGAUUCAAACUGUUUGAUUUGAUUUCGCAAAUGUUUAAUAUGCUGUUGUUUGAUGUUUUAAUGUCGGUUCUUAGUCUUGAAUCUAAUGGAGUUUUAGCAUUCCUUAUUGGAUCUGUUAGUUGCUUUGGCUUCAGAAAGUACUUCUUGGUUCUGGGUUUUCAUUGGGGGAAAUCUGAUUCAUAUCUGCCAGUACCUUCACAAUUCUGGGUUUCUCUUGUUUUUAUUGGAGGAAAUCUGCUUCAAAUCUGUCAGUAACUUCGCAAAUCUCUUUCUUCUAAGCGUUUGGAUUAUUUCAGAUCUGGGUUUUUGAUUUUUUCCCAUUUCCUGAUCUAAUUCAUCUGAAUGUCAUGUUUGAGAAUUAUAUAUUAGAUCUCUUAAUCAUUUUAAUGUCAAAAUUGAUUUCAU